AUGUCCAGUGAAGUACCCAAACCACGUGUUAAGAAAAUCGUGCUCUACGCUUGUCAAUUCGAGAUCAGCGCAAGGGCUGCCCGUGAACUCUUCAACCAGUAUCUUGAAAAUGAAAUCAAUUAUCUCGGCAUCCGAGGUUGGGCUCAAGAGAUCGAAGAUGGAUGUAUCAAGGGUCGGUUGGAGGGAGAGUUAUCCAAGAUUGAUAAGCUCAAGACUGUAUUAAGAAACUCGCCGCAAUUUGGUUCAAAAAUUAUUACCUCCGUGUUCGGCGAAAUGAAACAAAUCAACAAAUAUACUGGCGAAAAAUUCGAAAUAAUGUGUUGAAUCAGCGCAAACGCUGGCGGAAAAAUUGUGGCUAUAAAAAUGGAAACAUGAAAAAUUGCCAUUUUGGAAAACCUGGAAUAGAUGACUUCAUAAAACGGCAUGUUUUACGAUUUUAUUGUAUGUGUGUGUGUACGUACACAAACAAUUGUUUCAUCACAAAAUGCGCCCAACUUCACAUUUGAUAUGCUCUAAGUGCACUUCUGAGUUGAACUUCGAAUUGAAAAACUGAGUGUGGCGCGUUUCUUGAAGAUACAAAGUUAAAUUGUGACUAUAUUGGCAUAAAAAAGAUAUAUAUAGGACAAUUUGUAAAGUAAUAAAUAAAACGUCUAACAAGC